AUGGAUGCCCCAAUACCACAAGGUGGUAUUUCCAUGAAAUUAUUUAUAGAUCAAGCUAAUGCAGAAUUUGAUGAAAUCGCUCAGAAAUUUCCAGAACCUAGACAUUUAGUUUUUCCGAAAUAUUUGACAAAUUUUGUUUUUUCAUUGAUUAAUCCGCAACUUAUGCAAAAAUAUAUCGAAAAGAAAGUUAUUUUGGAAAAUGUUACUAGAUCAGAAAGCAAAAAGACAGUAUUCUUUAUUUCACCUGGAGAUCCUAAGAGUUUAAAGAAUCUUUGUGAAUGUUUUAAGAAUAUUCCCAAUUAUACGAAAGUUGUUCUCCUAAUUCCACGUUACACACUUGUUUGCCAACAAAUAUUUUCACUUAAUGGCUUCAUCGCCCUUCAAGAUUCUAUUCCUAACAAUCCUUCUGUCGAAAUAUCUAUCUUUGACUUCCAUGCAGACUUCUUACCAGUAGAAGAUGACUUCUUUUUGAUGCCUGGUUACAGAACUUUUCUACAACAAGCUGUUGACCACGAUUACAGUGAAAUAUAUAAUGCGGGUCGUGCUCUAGCCAAACUACAAACCGUAUUCGGACGAAUUCCUGAAGUUUAUACUGUUGGUUCAAAUGCAGUUAGAGUUCAACGCGUUAUGGACACAAUGAAUGAAACUACGAACGCUCUGAGAACAGCUACACCACAAAUCGAUACUCUUAUCCUCAUAGAUCGAAUGGCAGAUUUAUAUACCCCAUUAAUGUCUCAAACUACAGUCGAAGGCCUCAUUGAUGAGUCAUUUGGUAUUAACUACGGCAUAUGCGUACCUCCUGAUGGCACUAUUCCUGAAAAAUCCCUUACUCUUUCCGAUCGUUCGGAUAUUUUCAGACAAACUCGCAUGUUGAACCUCGAGAAGGCCACAGAUACAAUCCGCAAUACUGUUAAUGAGCUGCAAGCCUCGAUAGAUGCUCUCCACACUGAAACUUCCGUGAAACAAAAAAUGGAAUACCUUGUCCAUGCGAAGAAAAUGGGAGAUCUCAAAGCCAAGUUCGAAUCCCACCUCAAUGUCAUCAGUGCUGCUAUCCAGAAGAUCUUAGAUCUCUAUCCAUCGUAUAAUACAAUGAUUACAAAAGAAUUCUUCUUAGUCAAAAACGGCGACAGCCUUUUAGACUUUGCCGAGAACUUAGUAACAGUCUGGAAUGACUGGUGCACAGCUCUAAGACUCCUUUGCCUCGAAAACAUCGUUGGACAAACCCUUUCAAAGAAAACCGUAAAUUACAUUCAAAAAGAAGCCUGUUCAGAAUUCGGAUUAGAAUGCCAGCCGAUGCUUAUUGCCCUUGAGCACCUCAAGUUCAUUUCGAGCUCUCCGUUUCCUAUCAAAUUUGGUCCGAUUUUGAAAGAGCUCAAAAUUUUCCCAGAAGAAGAUGACCCGGUCAAAGAGCCACUUCAAGGUUUUGUCCCUCCUUCAGUGAGGAUUGUACAAGCUGCUGUCAGCGGGAACUGGGCAGCUGUGCAGAGGGCUUACGACAACAAAGUUGUCCCGGUUUCUCAAAUUGGGCAAUGUCCGAAAAUUGGUGAAGGAGAGAAAAGGAGAGUUUUGGUUUUCUUCGUUGGAGGAGUAGCAUUGUCUGAAGUUGGAAUACUCAGGAAUAUCGGAAGACUCAGCCAGACAGUGGAGUUCAUUAUUGGAGCUUCUGAAAAGAUCAACGGAAACCAACUGAUUUCAGAUUUGUUCCCUCCUGCUGCAAGAAACUGA